CCGGGGCGGGCUGCCACCCCCCGUGGGUGGGACGCGCAGGUGACUCGGAGCGCUGUGGUCGCUCACAGCGCGAAUCCGAGCCGGGAAGGUGUCGGGUAGGCGGCCUGCGGGACCCGGGGGAGGGCUGCACUGGAGCCUUUCCAGAGCUGAGGCUGGUUUAGACGGGAGGAGCCGGGGAGCCUGAGUACGGACAGGACGCCCGGGACAGGAACUCAGAGUGCAGACCCGGCUUGGGGGUAUCGGAUCCGGGAUUGGGGGGAGCGCGUCCCACGUGCCUGUGACGCGGGGGCGGCCGGUGGGCGGCGGCGGCGCGGGGCCGGGAGGGCGACUAGGCAGGCGGCAGGAUGCUGCGCGCCCUGCUGCCGCUGCUCGGGCUGCCCCUGGCGGGGGCGGCCGCGACCGAAGAACCCACCCAGGAGCCAGGGUCUCCGGGCGAGCCUCUCCCAGGGCUGGUGCUCUUCCGCUGGCAGUGGCACGAAGUGGAGGCCCCCUACCUGGUCGCCCUGUGGAUCCUGGUGGCCAGCCUGGCCAAAAUCGUGUUUCACUUGUCUCGGAAGGUGACGUCCGUGGUCCCUGAGAGCUGCCUGCUGAUUUUACUGGGACUGGUGCUUGGAGGCAUUGUCUUGGCUGUGGCCAAGAAAGCUGAGUACCAGCUGGAGCCAGGCACCUUCUUCCUUUUCCUUCUGCCUCCUAUCGUGCUAGACUCAGGCUAUUUCAUGCCUAGCCGGCUGCUGUUUGACAACUUAGGUGCCAUCCUCACCUAUGCCGUGGUGGGCACACUCUGGAAUGCCUUCACAACAGGUGCUGCCCUCUGGGGCCUGCAGCAGGCUGGACUUGUGGCCCCUAGAGUGCAGGCAGGCUUGCUGGACUUCCUGCUGUUCGGGAGCCUCAUCUCAGCAGUGGACCCCGUGGCUGUGCUGGCUGUCUUUGAGGAGGUGCAUGUCAACGAGACUCUCUUUAUCAUCGUGUUUGGCGAGUCCCUGCUCAAUGAUGCAGUCACCGUGGUGCUGUACAAGGUCUGCAACUCCUUUGUGGAGAUGGGGUCUGCCAACGUGCAGGCCACUGACUACUUGAAGGGAGUCGCCUCCCUGUUUGUGGUCAGUCUGGGCGGGGCAGCCGUGGGCUUAGUCUUUGCCUUCCUCCUGGCCCUGACCACACGCUUCACCAAGCGGGUCCGCAUCAUCGAGCCACUGCUGGUCUUCCUCCUCGCCUAUGCAGCCUACCUCACUGCUGAAAUGGCCUCCCUCUCCGCCAUUCUUGCGGUGACUAUGUGUGGCCUGGGCUGUAAGAAGUAUGUGGAGGCCAACAUCUCCCAUAAGUCACGCACAACUGUCAAAUACACAAUGAAGACCCUAGCCAGCUGCGCUGAGACGGUCAUCUUCAUGCUGCUUGGCAUCUCAGCUGUGGACUCUUCUAAGUGGGCCUGGGACUCCGGGCUGGUGCUGGGCACUCUCUUCUUCAUCCUGUUCUUCCGAGCCCUUGGUGUAGUCCUGCAGACGUGGGUGCUGAAUCAGUUCCGACUAGUCCCUCUGGACAAGAUUGACCAGGUGGUGAUGUCCUAUGGGGGCCUGCGGGGGGCUGUGGCCUUCGCUCUCGUCAUCCUACUGGACAAGACCAAGGUCCCUGCCAAGGACUACUUUGUGGCCACUACUAUUGUGGUGGUCUUCUUCACAGUCAUCGUGCAGGGCCUGACCAUCAAGCCACUGGUCAAGUGGCUGAAAGUGAAGAGGAGUGAGCACCACAAACCUACCCUGAACCAGGAGCUGCAUGAACACACUUUUGACCACAUUCUGGCUGCAGUGGAGGACGUUGUGGGGCACCAUGGCUAUCACUACUGGAGGGACAGGUGGGAGCAGUUUGACAAGAAGUACCUGAGUCAGCUGCUAAUGCGGCGGUCAGCCUACCGCAUCCGGGACCAGAUCUGGGAUGUAUACUACAGACUCAACAUCCGGGAUGCCAUCAGCUUCGUGGACCAGGGAGGCCACGUCUUAUCCUCCACCGGGCUCACGCUGCCCUCUAUGCCCAGCCGAAAUUCUGUGGCAGAGACCUCUGUCACCAACCUGCUGAGGGAGAGUGGCAGUGGAGCGUGUCUGGAUCUGCAGGUGAUUGACACAGUACGUAGUGGCCGGGACCGUGAGGAUGCUGUGAUGCACCAUCUGCUCUGUGGAGGCCUCUACAAGCCGCGCCGAAGGUACAAAGCCAGCUGCAGCCGCCACUUCAUCCUGGACGACGCGCAGGAGCGGCAGGACAAGGAGGUCUUCCAGCAGAACAUGAAGCGCCGGCUGGAGUCCUUCAAGUCCACCAAGCACAACAUCUGCUUCGCCAAGAGCAAGCCACGGCCCCGCAAGGCUGGCUGCAAGAAGAAGAAUGGUGUGGCUAACACUGCAGCUACAAAUGGGAAAUCUCCUGGAGACCUGGGCUUUCGGGACACAGCUGCUGUGAUCUUAACCGUGGAGUCGGAGGAGGAGGAGGAGGAGAGCGAUAGUUCUGAGACGGAGAAGGACGACGAGGGGAUCAUCUUUGUGGCUCGGGCCACCAGUGAGGUUCUGCAAGAGGGCAAGGUCUCAGGGAGCCUUGAGGUGUGUCCGAGUCCACGUAUCAUACCCCCGUCUCCAACCUGUGCAGAGAAGGAGCUACCCUGGAAGAGUGGGCAGGGGGACCUGGUGGUCUACGUAUCCUCGGAAACCACCAAGAUUGUGCCCGUGGACAUGCAGAAGGGCUGGAACCAGAGCAUCUCAUCCCUGGAGAGCCUGGCAUCCCCGUCCUGCACCCAGGCCCCAACUGUGACGCGUCUGCCUCCCGGCCCGCUGGCUGCUGAAGAGCCCCAGGCCCCUCUUGACCCGCGCCCUAGCUUCGCCUUUCCCCCGAGCCUGGCCAAGGCUGGCCGCUCUCGCAGUGAGAGCAGCGCUGACAUCCCCCGGCAACAGGAGCUGCAGCCCCUCAUGCAACAUGAGGACCAGUCGCAUCUUAGCCCAGGCACUGCGAGCUCUCACUGGUGCAUCCAGUUCAACAGAGGAGGCCGGCUGUAGCCCAGGGACUCGAGGGGGAGCAGGAGACUGGAGUCCCUGUGGGAAGUCUCCGCACAAAGGGCAGAGGAGCCCACUCAGCCUGACAUUUAGAGGGGCCUGGACUGAAGUAGCAACUGGGCUCCUUAAGGGCAGGUCAGAAGGGUCUCCUGGGCUGGUCCUUAAAGGGGCCCUUUUCACCACCACCGCUGCUUCUAACGCCUGCCACCUCCCCUUUCGGUGAGACCCUGACCCUGGCUCAAGACCCAGUCCAGAGCUAGGGACCAGGCCCAGAGUCUUGGAUUGCUGAUGUCCCUUCCCCAGAGGGUCUCCCUGGAGGCACUUUAGGCAGUUUCCUGCCUCCAGUGCAAGGGCAUCAUUCCUCAGCGGACACUGGCCUUUCCUGCCCUCCAUCCCCUCCUUAGCACCAGCUCAAGGACAGUGGCAAUGAGGUUCCUCAAGGGGCUGGUCCUCAGAGGGCUUGGGUUGGAGGUGGAGCAGGUCUCAACCUCGGGCUUUGCUGCCCUGUUACAUCAGCUACCUAUAACCAAUUUUUUUUUUUAGGGCAUUGGGAAUCUGUCUUCACUUUUUGCUUUAUCUCCUUCCGUUUGCUGCCAGUUAUUGGGGUGAUAGCUCCUUCUUUUCCAGGACUAAGGCCACGGAGCUGGGCCAGGCUUCAGGUCAGGGCUGCUGUUUAGCCAGGGUCACUCUGAGGCUCUGCUGCUCUGUGUCCAACUCUGGACCUUUCAGGUCCUUGGGUCUGGUUUUCUAAGGAAGGGAGACACUGACUACUUUGACAUUUCGCAAACAGGAAUGGAGCCAGGGCCACUGCUCCACUGCUCUGGGGGCUGACAGGGUGGCAGGUGACUUUCCUGGGGUUAGCACCUGCCCUGUGUUUUAUACCUUGAACCGAAGCUACAUUAAACGUCCCUCAGAUGGA